AUGGGGAUGUGUUUUAGUGCCGAAAAUACUGGAGAUGUGGAGCAGAAGAAGAGAAGUCAAAUGAUCGAUCGGAGGCUCGAAGAAGACUCCAGGCGGUUACGCAGGAAUGCAAGAUCCUCCUGCUGGAUGAAGAUUAUCCACCAGAAUGGUUACACCGUCGACGAGCUGGCCUUGUACCGGUUGACCGUCUUCAAGAACCUCCUGGACUGUGCCAAGGCCCUCAUUGAAGCGUAUCACCUCUUUUCUCUAGAACCCUCCAGCCAAAAGGUUCAAGAAUACAUGACCUUUCUCGAAGAAUAUCAUGUCGACCCGGACCCCAAUACUCCGCUCGACCCGAAAGUGGGGGAUGCGAUCACAUACCUUUGGAAUGACCCCUGUACUUCAACCGUUCUGGAGCGCCAAAAUGAGUUUUAUCUCAUGGACUCCGCACCAUACUUCUUCGACGAAGCGAAGCGAAUAACGGCACCGGACUACACCCCCGAUGUUUCGGAUGUCCUACGAGCAAGAACAAAGACAACUGGUAUCUACGAGACGCGAUUCACAAUGGGUCAAUUGAGUAUACACAUGUUCGACGUUGGCGGCCAACGCAGUGAGCGCAAGAAAUGGAUCCAUUGUUUUGAAAACGUUACGUCUAUCAUCUUUUGUGUCGCUCUCAGUGAAUAUGAUCAGAUGCUUUUGGAGGAGAGCAAUCAAAAUCGAAUGAUGGAAAGCUUGGUUCUCUUUGACUCCGUCGUCAACUCUCGAUGGUUCAUGCGAACAAGUAUCAUCCUGUUCCUGAAUAAGGUCGAUUUAUUCCGGCAAAAGCUGCCUCGCUCCCCAUUGAGCAGUUAUUUCCCUGACUAUUCAGGAGGGAAUGAUGUCAACCGCGCAGCGAAGUACCUGCUAUGGCGUUUCAACCAGGUGAAUCGAGCGCAUUUGAAUCUCUACCCACAUCUAACCCAAGCAACCGAUACCACAAAUAUUCGACUUGUUUUUGCAGCGGUCAAAGAAACCAUCUUGCAAAAUGCCCUGAAGGACUCGGGAAUCCUAUAA